ACCCUAAUCAUUUCUUCCUCUUCCUCGCCACGAAUCUCUCCUUCAUUCAGAUCCGAAGGUUAGGGAAGGACGGGCGUUGAAAAAAAUGUGUCCGCUGAGAUUUAUUCUCAUAUUUCUCUCAGCGACUCUUGCCGGCUUCUUUGUUCUCCGGAACCUCAAAUCUCAGCCUCAAGAUUUCGAGGCCGACGAUAAUUCCGAAACCCACUCCAACGAUGUGUCUACCAAUUCGACCUCCUCCUCCUCUUUCUCCAAGGUGUACUCGGCAAUGCAAUCGGGAUUCUGGACGGUGGUCGACAUGGCCAGCGGCCGCUACUUGUGGAGACAUUUGUUGCCCUCGUCGAAGAAGCCUUCCAAUUGAUGCGACUGUUUCGGGCUAGGGCUUCCGUAUUGUUCGGGUUUCCUAUAUAUCGUUGGAUAGUUCUCCUCCUCUUGUAUUCCCUUCGAGUUGAGUUUGUAAAACCCUUCCUCUUCCUUCCUAUCGAAUAUCGUCGUUAACGUCUGUAAGUCUGUAACAGAGACACUCAAAGUGUUCAGAAAUGUGCUUCAUCGCAAUCGCUUCUGAUAUCAAUUAAGAUUUCCGAGUUUCUUCUGUUGUUUGAGUCGAUCAUUGAAUCGUUCAUCCGUUUGCGGGCAAUCCAAUCAGCUUUACGGAAAAUAACUCAGAGAGAGAGAGAGAUGCGGAGGAGGAAAGAGAAGCCGGAAAUCCCUAAAACCAUGGCUGUUGCAGAAGAGAAGAAGGAAGACGAUGAAGAUGAAGAAAGGGGUAACGAAGGGAACGGUUUCUUUUCAUGCUAUCUCUUGGCCUCUGCGUGCCCUCGUUACAAAGGCCAUACCUAUAUUGGAUUCACAGUGAACCCUAAACGUAGAAUCAGACAGCACAAUGGCGAAAUUAGAUGCGGUGCGUGGCGUACUAAGAGGAAGAGACCUUGGGAAAUGGUGUUCUGCAUUUACGGCUUCCCCACCAAUGUCUCUGCUCUUCAGUUUGAAUGGGCCUGGCAGCAUCCUAAUGAGUCAUUAGCCGUAAGAAGUGCUGCUGCAACUUUCAAGUCUCUAUCUGGAAUUGCCAACAAAAUUAAACUUGCAUACACAAUGCUCACACUUCCAGCUUGGUGUAGUUUGAAUAUUACUGUAAACUACUUCUCAACAAAGUACAUGAAUAAUGCGGCUGGUUGCCCAAGUUUGCCAGGGCAUAUGAGGGUCCAAAUUUCCCCCAUCGAUGAGCUCCCAUGCUAUUCCGAAGGAGAUCGAUGUGUGCUUGAAAAUGAAAAUGACUGGGAGUAUAAUAAAGAAUAUGAAGAAGUUUGUAGUUCUCAAGUACAUGGAUUGAUGACUGAAGUUCCAAAUGAAAUUCCUCAAACGUUGAUGGAUUACUCGACAGGUACAGAUGGAAGACCUCAUGAAUUGCGUGGAUCCGAUGAAGAACUAGACGACAAUGAACAAGUGCCACAUUCUUCGUGUACUCCGUCUUAUAUUGAUGUCGGUGUGUCUUAUGACUUGCGUGGAUGUGAUGAACAAGAGCCGGCUUUGUGUGCUCAGCCUUGUACUGUAGAAGGUUGGACUGAAAUCAUCAUCGAUGAUGGAGAGGAAAACCAAUUAGAAGGGAGUGGUAUGAAAUUGCAGCAGCAACCUGGUAGGAAGAAGAACUUAUCAGGAAUAGCUACUGAAAUCAGCAAAGUUUCAUAUGGGCUUCCUCCUGUUGAGUAUGAGGUUAUAGACGUGUCUACCCCGUCUCCCGUCUGCAGAACAAGUUCGCAUAAAUUCAAGAGAAGACUUAUUACUGUGGUUUAUUUAUAUGGAUGUUGGUGUUGGUAGAUCCUCCUCACUAUUGAAAAAGGGAGAGGAAACAUGAAUAAGCUGAAGAAGGUGAGGACAAGAGACGAUAUGUGGAUUGUGGAAGAAGAUUACCACACCGGAGUAUCAGCCUCGGUGCCAUUCCAGUGGGAGUCAGAGCCAGGCACUCCCAAGGCCAAUUUCCCUGAAAAUGGGGCCUUCCUCUCUCCUCUCACGCCCCCACCUUCCUAUUUCUCCACUAAUCCCAACUCCCCCCUCGGCCUUAAUUCUUCUAAGCCCUUUCAUAGAGCCAGUUUCCUCAACAAUGUCUUCAGAAAGCUUUCUAUGAAGGCCAGUCUGCAGCCUCGAUCGCCCGGCUCUUUGUUGUCAUCUUCGUCUUCGAGUUCUAGCAGCAGGGAAAGAGGGACACCCGGAAGCCCGAGGAGAUUAUCAUUUGAUUCGAGGGUAGACGAUGACAACGGCAACGAAGAGGAGAAUGUUGAAUCACCUGUUUCUACUUUGUCCUUUGGACAUGGAAAUGAUGAAGGAUGCUACCCAAAGUUGGUUAAGGUAUUUACUAGAGAUUCUAAAUGAUCGACGAACUUUUGUUUUUUCUUUUUUUUGAGUUUAAGAAUGUGAAUCAAACCAUCAAUAUUUAAGAUGGUAUAUACUUUAUUUACCGAGCUAUAAUCGGUUGUUUCA